CCGGGGCGGACGUAGGACGCGCUGCUGAGCGCGCGGUGCCGCCUGCCACCGCCAGGGGGAGAGAGAGAGAGAGCUGGGCCGUCCCUCCUCGGCCCGGCUUUCUGAGUAGUUGGCAUUGGAGCCCAGGGCAAGUCUACCGUUUGUCGUUUGCCUUCUUGAGAAGGAUGCACUUCUCAGCACUUGCAAGGUGGAGUCAACAGAGUCACGAGUUCAAAGCCAUCCUCAACUGAAACGUAGGGAGACGCUGGCCCUUUCUUGAAAAAGGAAAAAAAAAAAGAUACUAGAAAAUUCUGUGCUCACUUUUUGUUGUCUCAUGGAAAAAUGGAUAAAUAUGCAGAGAUGUGUUGUGGAACUCUAUUAGUAUUGGAUCAAAAUGAAUCUGGACUUCAGAUUUUUAGAAGCUUUGACUGGAAUGACGGCUUGUUUGAUGUUACCUGGAGUGAAAACAAUGAACAUGUCCUUGUGACCUGUAGUGGUGAUGGCUCACUGCAGCUCUGGGAUACUGCCAAAGCCACAGGGCCUCUCCAAGUCUAUAAAGAACACACUCAGGAGGUGUAUAGUGUUGAUUGGAGCCAAACCAGAGAUGAACAGCUUGUAGUGUCUGGCUCAUGGGAUCAAACUGUCAAAGUGUGGGAUCCAACUGUUGGAAGUUCUCUGUGUACCUUUAGGGGCCAUGAGAGUGUCAUUUACAGCACCGUCUGGUCUCCCCACAUCCCUGGCUGUUUUGCUUCAGCCUCAGGUGAUCAGACUCUGAGGAUUUGGGAUGUGAAGACCACAGGAGUCCGAAUUGUGAUCCCAGCACAUCAGACGGAAAUCCUGAGCUGUGACUGGUGUAAAUACGAUGAGAACUUGGUGGUGACAGGCGCAGUUGACUGUAGCUUAAGGGGCUGGGACUUAAGGAAUGUGCGACAGCCUGUAUUUGAACUUCUCGGUCACACAUAUGCUAUUAGGAGGGUGAAAUUUUCACCGUUCCAUGCCUCUGUGCUGGCCUCUUGUUCCUAUGAUUUCACUGUAAGAUUCUGGAAUUUUUCAAAGCCUGAUCCGCUUCUGGAAACAGUGGAGCAUCACACAGAGUUUACUUGUGGCUUAGACCUGAGUCUGCAGAGCCCCACUGAGGUAGCUGACUGUUCCUGGGAUGAAACCAUAAAGAUCUACGACCCUGUUUGUCUUGCAGUUCCUGGCUAAAACAUGCUGCUCUGGUCAGAAACAGGCUAACUGAUGGACUGCUUAGCAUCAGAGCAUUAGCUACUGAAAGGAUAGAACUGGGCCUUUACAUGUAAUGAAAUUUCAGAACUCUCAAACUUAUAUUUUGAGGUAUCUGAUAAAGUAAUUAUAGGAUAACCCUGGUACAUAAGCCAUGUUUUCUGGAAUCCUAAAGAAUGAUUGUUGUUAUAAUAUAUCUUGUAAUGUCUAUUAAAAUGUUAUCUCUGUAUUGUAAAAUGACAUAAAAUAUGGGAGGUUAGUAAAUUACAUGGACAGUAAUAUAUUUUAUUAUUGAUUUGUCAUUUUGGGUGUACAAUAUAGCCACUCCUGUUGAUAAAAAUAAAAACAAACUGCAUUUCUUGAUCAUA